AUGAAAGAUAAAGCACUAGUUAUUGUGAAUGAAAUUGAAAGAGGGAACAUAAAAAAUGUAAUUGUUGGAAGGAUGGCGCUACUAUCCCUCUAUACUUCUCUUGGAAUGGCUGAUGAUGUGAGUAGAAUUUGGACUAUUUGUAAAUUGGACCCCACUUUGAAUGAGUGCCUUGCUGCCAUAGUAGCUUGGGGCAAGUUGGGCAAAGUUGAAGAGGCCGAAGCAGUUUUUGAAAUGAUGCUGGGAAAGUGGAAGAAACUCCCAUCCAAGAUUUAUGCUGAUCUUUUAAAUGUUUAUGUUCAGAAUAACAUGAUAUCUGAGGGUAAGAAGUUUCUAGAUCGAAUUGUGGAUGUUAAAGGCUGGGUCGGCCCUCUGAUUUGGGAUGGACUAGUGAGGCUCUACGUGGAAGAUGGGAAUGUGGGGAAAGCAUAUUCAAUUUUAACUAAGGUAGUUGAAGAUAAAACUUUGGGUAGGAGGAGAGUGAGACCAAUGUUCAAAACAUUUUUAUAUGUCAUGGAACACUAUGCAAAGCUUGGAGAUAUACAUAAUACUGAGAAGUGGCUCUUUAGAAUGAGGCAAAGUGGUUAUACAGGCCGUCUCAGGCCUUAUGAAAUUCUGACUCAAGCAUACAUCAAUGCCAAAACGCCUGCUUAUGGGCUUAGAGAAAGAAUGAAGGCAGAAAAUGUAUACCCAAAUAAGUCGUGUUCCUUGAAGUUGGCACAAAUUGAAUCAUUGAAGAGGGAGAUGUUGCUGUUCAAGAGCUCAAGAAAGUGCCAAAAGUCCUAG